AUGGACGCCCGCUUCGCCACGAUGGACGCGACCAGCGACGCGCCCACGGGCUGCGCGCGCGCCGUGGUUAAGACGGUGGUGGCGCUGAGUCUGCCGUUCGUGCUGAGCCCGCGCGAGGUGGCGAGCGAGGCCGUUUCCAACGUGGCGGCGGCCUUCACCACGUGCUUCAGCCGCCUGCGCCAGCGCCGCCCGCAGUUCAAUGAAGAGCAGAAGGAGGCCCUGCUGACAGAAGACGAGCGCUUUUCCGAGGCCGCCAUGAUGGAGCUGCGUCGCCGCGUGAUGGAGGGCGGCGCGAUGGCGAAUCCCGUCAUGAGGUGGGGGCCGGCGAUGGCGAACGACCAGGCGCCGCGGCCGUCGCGCUGGAAGCAGCGCAAGAUGCAAGAGCGAGCGGAGCGCGCGCGAGCCAAAAGCAACCCAGCCCCACACUGGAAGAGGGCGAGUCCCGAGAAGGAGCAGGAAGCGUUCACGACGCUGGCGUCCGACACAGAGAAGGCGCUGGAUCAGAUCCUCGAGUCGACUAAAACCACGAGGAAGCACUUCAAGAGCAGCGAGACGCUCGACGUAGAGACCGUGAGACGACUCAGCGUGGACGAGCUACUCGCCCACGGUGCAAGUGAGAAGGCUGGUGCCAUCUCUCCAGAGAAGACGGGGGGCGAGAGCGUGCUGCUGGACCUUCAAGACGACGACGGGAGCUGCGACGGCGGCCUCCUGCGAGAGUGGCUCGCGGGGAUCGACACCUCUCGGCCGGAGGAAUACUGCGUGUACGCCAAGCAAUUAGAGGAGCAUGGAUUCCUGACGUUAGAGGACCUGGCGCAGCUAGAGAGCGACGACGACGUGGAUAAUGCCAUGAGCGAGGUCGGCAUCGCCAAGUUUGCACACCGGUUGCGCAUCAGGAAGGCCAUUCAGCGGCUACACUCGUCCGAGGAGAGCAGCCCUGCCGUUGCUACGGCUACUGUUGCUGCUAGCGCAUGA